AUGAUCGCCAUAGUUAUGGACAUAUUUACAGAUGUGGAUAUUUUCAAGGAAAUUGUAGACGCUUCUACAAGAGGAAUCUCCGUAUAUCUUCUGCUAGAUGAAUCGAACUUCAGCCACUUUUUUAAGAUGGCAGAGAAACAGGGCUGUCAAGUACAGAGGCUCCGGAACAUGAGAGUUCGUACAGUAAAAGGACAAGAGUAUUUCUCCAAGUCAGGGGCAAAAUUUCAUGGAAAAAUGGAACAAAAAUUUCUUCUUGUCGACUGUAAGAAAGCGAUGUAUGGUACUUACAGCUUUAUGUGGUCCUUUGAAAAAGCCAACCUCAGCAUGGUCCAGAUCAUCACAGGACAACUUGUUGAAUCUUUUGAUGAGGAGUUCAGGACUCUCUAUGCCCGUUCUUCUGUUCCCAGCUCAUUUGAUCCAGAAUUAGUUAGGGUUAAUAGCCGGCGAGCUCUCUGGGACCAUGAUGCAUACCAGCAUUCACAGUCAUCCUUAGCUUCAGUUUCUAGCCAGCGUAAUCUUCUGGGGAGGCAAGACAAGAUUCACAGCUUCGAUCCCAAUUUUCUGAAAGCCCGUGGAAGAUAUGGAAUAAAUGAUAAUGACAAAUUUGGUAACAGAAUUCAGCUCUUUAAUAAAACACCACUUCUUCCAGGUUUUCAUAUGCAGAAUAGGAUCCAACAACUUCAGUCCAAUGAAGAACACUGGAAAAGGCAUAGUUAUGCUGGGGAGAAACCAGAAAGGACCCCCUAUUUGAUGCUCAACAGAGCAAUGAACAGGACUAACAAAUCAUCAAAUGCUUGGAAAGUACCCUCUGAUAGCCUCAGUAUUGUAUCCUCAUUGCAUGGAAGUCAUACAGACCACCACAAUGCACCGCAGCAAAGCUUAGCUGAUCGAUUCCCGCAGCCCAAACUCAAUAUGGUAGGAAGGAACUCAAUUGUUCGGAGGUCUUUCAACGGAACAGACAGUCACAUGCGCCAUCUGCAGCAGAAAAUGCCAACACUUGAACGUACUACAAAAUCAUUUCUGCGUAACUGGCGCAUUGAAUCAUACUUAAAUGACCAGUCAGAUUUUCCAGCAGAUUCUAAUGGUUCGGGGGUCGGCGAGAGAUGUGAGGGCUCCGAUGCAGCUGAAAAUGUCAAAGCUCACGCUCUUUAUGCCCAUUCUCGCCUGCGUUCUUCGUUUGUUUUUAAGCCUACGUUGCCAGAACAGAAGGAAGUAAAUAGCUGUGCCAGUUCUUCAAAUUCAACUAUCAUUGGUUCAGAGCAUAGCGAGACACCUAAAGCAACGCCCAAUCACCUUCCAAAGAUACAAGAUGUGACUGACGACACAGAGACAGAACCGAGCCCUAAUGUCCCCCUUGAAGUUGGCGUAGUAAAAAGCCAGAGCCCACAACUCUUAGAAGAUAAAAAACCUAGUUUUAAUCCUCCUGUUAUCAGAGAGCAGCCUGCCUACUUAAAUACAGCUGUGAGUACGAACAGACCGGUAGAAUUUCUGAAAAAUCAUAGAAACGAAUAUAUAUUGAAAAGACGAAGUUUCCCAAUAUUUAACCAAUCAAAAUCAGCUUUGGAUAACGGGGACAACAAAGAGGAAAGCACCUACAUCUACAGCACCCUAAAUAGGAAUAGAAUUAAGCCACCACUCAUUAUAACACCUCCUCCAGAGGAUGCACUAAAAAUCUCCAAAAGCUUGCACAGUGUACCCGGUCAUCUAGCAGAUGAUGCUAAAAACCUCAGAACUGAACCAAAAGGCUCUUGCGCUGCCAAGUCUAUCUCCGUGGCUGCAUUAGUCGAAGUGAGCAACGACGAAUCGAGUAAAGACGCCUUGCCAAAGAAAGAGAGCAAGAACUCUCCAAAUUUCCUCAAAAAGGGGUCGCAGAAGCUGAGAUCGUUGUUGAAUCUUACUCCAGACAAGAAAGAAAACUUGUCAAAAAGCAAAGCGCCUGCUUUUUACAGGAUGUGUAGCAGUUCUGACACUCUGGCGUCGGAAGACGAAGGGAAUCAAAAGGCCAAGGUGUCUGAGCUGAAAGCUGACUGCUCUCCACGAAAAAAGAGAAUGUCCUCCUCUAAUUCACAAGGCAGCUUACAUAGGAGUAAGGAGGAUGUGACUCUGAGCCCGACAAAGUCCCCCAGAUCACCCAAGCUCCCCAAAUCUCCCAAAUCCCCCAAGCCGCCAAAGUCACCCAAGUCUCCAAAAUCUCUAAAACCUCCAUCAGAAGAAAACCUCAAGAGAUGUCCCGCUGUGAUGCCCUUGGAAAAUAUGUUGUUAGAGCCUGCAGGUGAUGUUUCAACGCCCAGGUUUAACACUGAACAGAUUCAGUACCAAGAGGCCAGGGAGGUGUCUACAAACAAAGCCCGGGCACUUGCUCACGCUCCUGCCGGAGUCCUUUCACAAAGAGCCAAUACGCAGAGGGCCAACACGGUGACAGCUCACCCUUCAAGCACAAAGCCGAAAGAUGAGCUGCUGAGAUCUCGCUUGAGUGAAAGGCGCGUUUACAGUCGCUUUGAGCCCUUCUGUAACAUGGAAAGUUCAGCUCAGCAGCAAGGAGGAGUCCAGUCCAGAGGCAGCACACCAAAAAGCAGCACUCACGUCUCAGAGACAAGCAGCAAGGCCUCCGGAAACAACUAUUCAAGGAGUAAUCAGGUGGCGACCUACAACCCGCGUCUUUACCAUCCGUUGCACCCAAAUGAAAACAAAUUUCGGGGCUUUAUGCAAAAGUUUGGGAAUUUCAUAUACAAAAACAAAUAAAACGUAGAUCUGGAACUUAAAAAAAACGACCCACGGCGAUGUUUCAGACUGUUAUGCAGCUUUUGUAAAGCUUCACUGAAGUUACCACGGGGUUUAGAAGACCACCGCAUGUGUGUAUAACUUUACAACGUCCAGAACUUUUGUUCUUCAGCUCAGGAUAAGUUUUGAAAUCGAAAGAUGUUUUUUAUGUGCUUGCAUUUUUUAAAAAAAUGGGAUUCGAGAUGCCUUUGUUGCCUUACCGCACAAUAUAGGUGCGUUAUAAACCCUAAGAAUAACAGCAGGCCAAAGGAAAUGUUGCAGACACUUGUUAAUACCUCACGGCCUUUGUACACAAACACUUUCAUGCUUA